AUGGCAAGUUCGAAGCAUCGCCAACACAGAAGACAUUCGAUCGCCUCCGUUGAAUCGCCACUUCAUGAUUAUAGAAAGCUUCCAAGACCCCAAGUUCUUCCAAAAGACGACAUUGUUAUUUCAAACGAAUAUGCUCUAAACGAUUUCGAUAAUCCUGAUGAUGAAACUAGAUUCUUCCGAAGGUCUCGAGGUAGUGCAAGAGCUUCUCGAUGGGUUCAGGAGCAGACUCGGAGGUCGAAUGAAGAAGUAACUGAUCUCAUGACCACUAUGUUAAUGUCAUUUGUUUUGAAGCAACCAACAAAUUCAAAUAAUGAUAAUCGACAAGCAUUAUCGCGAAGCAAGCGAAUGGCAUUUCCAGUUUCGACAUCUGCCGGCGAACUGAAAAAGAAUGAGACGAAGAAGAAGGAUAAAUACCACAUUAUUGCUAACAAUCUGAAGAAAAAGGAAUCGAAAUCUGUGGAAGAUCCUAUUCGCCAACCAAGCCGGCUUCCGAUUCGCACAAAUCCCCCGAAAAAUACAAGGCAUAAAAUGAAUGAAUGUCGAGAUCGAGGUUUCUCUCCUCCGGAUUCGAAAACUCAGCAAAAUGCUUAUGCUUUUCGUGCCAUUCGACACAUUUCACCGGCAAGCGGCAGUGCCACAGCAACAGAUGACAGUCGCCGAUCGAGCGCAAUGAGUGAUGAAGGUCCGAAACGCGGUGACAGUCCAGCAUCAUCAGUCGAUUCACGAAAUGAGCUUACGAUUCAUAUAUCCGGAAUUUCAAUGUCCUCACGUUCUAGUGAGCCUAGAUUGAAAAAAGUGACAUUCGAGUCUUCGCCAUACGUCAUAUCGAAUUCUUUUUUAGGAGAUCGAGCAGUGUUGGUUCGACGUGGCAGCGGAACGGCGGUGCGACGAUUGCUGAUCUCCGACGGAGCCAAUCUGCAAGCAUCUCCUCACCUGUUCGCCAACACCAAAGUGCUCGCACCGCACGACGAAGUCUCUGGCGGCGAUUGGUGGACGCCGUGCGAGGUGCCAACCGCAUGCGAUCUUCUUCUAACUGGCGACCAACUGCAUUCCACUGAUAAUCGCGCGAACGCCGCCAUCGAGCGAAUGCAGACGAAGCCGAACAUUCGCCGAUUGGUCCGUCGCCGUUCCACUUCCGACAAGUCACGAAUAAUCGCCUAUCGUAAUACGGGAUUUCUGUCAUCAUCGCAAGAACGACGGAAAGGGGAUUCUUCGAGAAUGUCCUUAUCGGUCGAUCGUCCGUCGUAUUAUUGA